GGGCGCGGGGCUGCGGCCGCGGCCGGUGCGGGAGGGAGGGGGCGGCGGUGCCGGUAGCCGCGAAAGGGGGAUGAGCGCCGGGUCUCUGCCCGUCUCGUCCUUUACCGGCGGGGCGACCUUUGCUCGGGCGCAGAGCUCGCUCGGAGCCCUCCCCGCAGCGCGGAGCUGUGCAGACACCGCCGGUGCCAGGUGGCUCCGUGCCCGGAACUACCGUUCCCCGCUCCGUGCCGCGGGGCCGUCCCGCAUCGUCCCGCAGCCGCUACCCCGGGAGCGGCGCCGGUUGAUCCUGCAUCUCCGCCGUCCGGCAGCCGCGGGGACACGCGAUGGAGCGGCGGCUGCGGGAGCUGAGGCUGCGGGAGGAGCGCGACUUCCUGCAACGCGCCGCGCGGGGACCGGACGACGACGGGGACCCCCCUGACGCCGAGCCGCCCCCCGGCUCCCCGCACCGCCGCGCCCCCGCCAUCGUGCCCGAGCCCCUCCCGGGAGACAACGCCGCGGCCCCGCCGCCCCCCGGCCCCGACUCGCAGCGCGAUGUGACGCUGAUGGCGGAGGCCGUGCGGCGCAGCGACUUCCUGCGGCGUUUGGGCGAGGGCUGCCCCGAGGCUUUGGCCAGGAGCUUCGUGACCGUGCGACGCGAGGCCGGAGACACGGUGGUGGCCGAGGGCGACGAGGGGACCGCGAUGUACAUCGUGGCAGAGGGAAACCUGAGCGUGACCCAGCGGGGCCGGCAGCUCCGCACCUUGGGGCCCGGGGACGUGUUCGGAGAGUUGGCCAUCCUGUACCACUGCCGCCGCACCGCCACCGUGCGAGCGCUCGGCCCCGUGCGUCUCUGGGCCAUUGACCGGCAGCGGUUCCGUGCCAUCACGACCGGCAACGCCCGGCAGCGGCGGGCCGAUGUGCUGCGGGUCCUGAGAACGGUGCACUGGCUGCAGGAGCUGUCGGACAGCCACCUCUCCAAGCUGCUUGACGCCAUGGAGGAGUGCUCCUUCGCACCCGGACACAUCAUUAUCCGUGAGGGUGACGAGGGACAGAACUUCUACAUCAUCCUGAAGGGCGAGGUGCGGGUCAGCCGGCGUGAGGAUGGGCAGGAGAAGCUGCUGCGGGUGCUGGGUGCUGGCGAGCACUUUGGGGAGCUCUCACUGCUGCAGAACGUGCGCCGCACAGCGUCAUGCCAAGCACAAGGACAUGUCACCUGCAUCACCGUGGCCAAGGAGGACUUCCUGGAGAUCAUCCCCUUCUGCCCCCGCCACGACUCAGACGUAAAUGUGUCUGCAACAGAGGUGCCCACCCUGACGGAACCCAGGCGGAGCUGGGGUUCCCCCCACUUGCCUCGGCCCUGCCCAGCGGUGCAGCUGGAGGAGCUGGCAGCCGUGCACUACGAGGAGGGGCAGAAACAGGGGCAGCGCGUCGUGCUGGGCACCGGCGGCUUCGGCAGAGUGGAGCUGGUGCGCUGCCGCGAGCAGCUCUUUGCACUGAAGCGGAUCCGCAAGGACUGGGUGGUGCGGACACGGCAGCAGGAGCACAUGCGCACCGAGAGGAGGGUGCUGGCCCGCAGCCACUGCCCCUUCAUUGUGGGGUUCUUUGGCUCCUUCCGUGACGCCCAGCACAUCUACCUGCUGCUGGAGUUCUGCCAGGGCGGAGAGCUGUGGACCAAGCUGCGCGAGGUGCGCUGCUUUGAGGAGCCGCUGGCCGUGUUCUGCUCUGCCUGUGUGGUGGAGGGCCUGGAGUACCUGCAUGGCCACGGCAUCAUCUACCGGGACCUGAAGCCUGAGAACCUGAUGCUGGACCAGCUGGGUUAUGUCAAGCUGGUGGACUUUGGCUUUGCCAAGGAGCUGGAGCGUGGGGAGAAGACCUUCUCCUUCUGUGGGACACCUGAGUACCUGGCGCCCGAGAUGCUGCGCCACGAGGGCCACGACUUCGCAGUCGACUUCUGGAUGCUGGGCAUCCUGGUGUUUGAGAUGCUCGUGGGCAGGCCCCCCUUCCACAGCGCCGACCCACAGAAGAUCUACAGCCGCAUCCUGGAUGGCAUCUUCUCCUUCCCUGCUUUCCUCAGUGAGGCUGCCUUGCUCUCUCAUCUGCCAAGCUUC